AUGGCGAUGUCAUUUCCCGGGUUCCUCCCUGACUGGACGAACCUGAAUAUCAUCCAUAACAAUACCCUGCCGCCUCGCGCACACUUUUAUUCAUACGGCUCCGAGCACGCAGCUCUAUCGUUCGAUCGAGAACAGAGCGAAUACCAUAGUCUCAACGGUACCUGGAAGUUCCACUAUGACCAAUCUCCGUUUGAGGCGCCCAAUUGGGCGACGGCAGAUGUCUCCUCAUGGGAUGAGCUAGAAGUCCCGGGCCACUGGCAACUCAACGGCUACGGUCACCCUCACUACACCAACAUUGAGUACCCAUUCCCCGUCACCCCGCCCAAUGUCUCCUACGUGAACCCCACUGGGUCCUACUGGCGCGAGUUCACCGUGCCCGAGGACUGGAAUGGCGAGCAGAUCCGGCUGCGUUAUGAAGGUGUGGAUAGUGCUUUCCAUGUCUGGGUCAAUGGCCAGGAGGUUGGAUACAGCCAGGGCAGCCGCAAUCCCAGCGAAUUCGACAUCACCGACUAUCUUUCCGCUUCUGGGGAGAAGAACACCCUUGCAACUCGUGUUUAUCAGUGGUCCGAUGCUUCGUAUAUCGAGGAUCAGGAUAUGUGGUGGCUAUCCGGUAUCUUUAGAGACGUUUAUCUGAUUCCUUUUGCCAAGUCGUCCAUUGUCGAUUUCGACGUCUUCCCCGAGGUUGAUGACUCCUUCAAGAGCGGUACAUUGACAGCAAACUUUACCAUCCAGGGGGAGGAAGGGGAUGUGGAAGUCAAGCUUCUGUCGCCAAGUGGGAAGGUCGUCGACGAGGCCACUGUCUCAUCAUCGGAAAAGUAUGUCAAGAAACUUAGUGGUAAUGAGCUGGAACUGUGGUCUGCUGAGACCCCUAACCUGUACACUCUCUUUUUGACCUUUGGCGGACGAACCAUUAGCCAAAAAACCGGUUUCCGUCGCGUGGAAAUCAGCGGUUCCAACUUCCAUGUCAAUGGCAAGCCCAUCAUCUUAUACGGUGUCAACCGUCAUGAGCACAAUCACCUCACCGGACGGACAGUCGCCUACGAGGACAUGCGGCGGGACCUGAUCUUCAUGAAACGAUCCAAUAUCAACGCAAUUCGAACAUCCCAUUACCCCCACCACCCUUCCUUCUUUGACGUCGCCGACGAGCUUGGCUUUUAUGUCAUUGCCGAGGCAGAUCUUGAAUGUCAUGGUUUCCAGAUCACCGGCGAUGGCCUGCAGGUUUCCAGUAACCCAGACUGGGAGGAGGCUUACUUGGACAGGGCAAUUCAAAUGGUAGAGCGCUACAAGAAUCACGUUGGUAUCAUCAUCUGGUCGCUUGGAAACGAGUGCGGCUACGGCACGAAUCACGCUUCCAUGGCCAAAUGGAUCCGACAGAGAGACUCUACUCGAAUUAUUCACUACGAGCAGGACUAUGAGGGUGAAACGGUAGAUAUGCAUAGCCGCAUGUACAGAUCUCUAGACCAGAUCCGGGAACUCAUUGGCAACAACACUGAUAAGCCGUUCAUCUUGUGCGAGUUUGCGCAUGCAAUGGGCAACGGCCCUGGCGGCCUCAAGGAUUACAUCGAACUCUUCAGAACCGAGCCCCUUGUCCAGGGAGGCUUCGUAUGGGAAUUCAACAAUCAUGGCAUCCUGAAGAAGGAAGACAACGUAUCAUACUAUGCCUACGGCGGUGAUUUCGGCGACACUCCCAAUGAUGGUGACUUCAUCAUGGACGGUCUGGUUCUCUCUGACCACACGCCCAUGCCCUCAAUGGGUGAGUAUGCCAAAAACAUCCAGCCUGUCACAAUGAACUUGACCGCGGAUUCAACCCAACUGAUUAUCACAAACCAUUAUGACUUUGUCGACCUAUCCGGACUGCUUCCCCAGUGGCACCUUGUGCAGGAUGGCAAGAAGACAACAGAGUCGAAGAAACUGGAGCUCCCGAGCAUUCCGGCAGGCGAGAGUCGCAAGGUGGACCUUCCAUUGAAGAAGGAAGACUUGUCAAAAGAAGCAUGGAUCAUUGUUGAGUUCCUGCUUGAUGAGGACAAGGUCUGGGCUAAGAAGGGCCAUGUUGUUGCCUGGGAUCAAGCUUACCUCCCUGGACCUUCUGCUUCCUCUUCUCAACGCCGCUCCAACUCUGUCGCUCGCAAGGACGAUACUAGCAUCAAAAUCUCUCAACCAAAGCAAACCCGUCUUGAAGUCCAGAGCGGCACCUCGACAUUUGGCUUCGAUCUCCUGCGCGGAAAUGUCACAUGGAACGUCGACGGAACGGAAAUCUUCCAACGCGGACCCGAACUAUCUCUCUACCGCGCCCAGACGCAGAACGACAAGGCCAACGCAGGCGAUGGGCCCAAGUGGGAUGCAGCAUACGUCAACCUGGUCCACACACAGGUCCGCGAUGUGACAUGGCAACAAGCCGACAACGGCGACGCCCAGAUACACUACAAGGUCUGGGUCGCGCCCAAGGUUUGGGAUUGGGGCGUGCAGGCGGAUCUAAUCUACACCAUCUCGGCCGAUGAGAAGGCUCCACUCCGCCUUCAGGUUAAAGGCGAGUUCUCUGGCGACAACACCCCGACUGUGUUACCGCGUAUCGGCCUCAUGGCUGUCCUACCACAGGCCUUUGACGCUGUCUCCUGGUUCGGUCGUGGUCCCGGGGAGAGCUACCCCGACUCCAAGCAGGCGUGUCGCAUGGGCGAGUACCAGUCCUCCGUGGAUGACCUGUUCACAUACUAUGAUUACCCGCAAGAGAAUGGUAACCGCGAGGAUCUGCGCUGGGUGCAAAUCGGUAACCCAGAGAAGGGCGUAACGCUCGAUGCCCGUCGCAGCGACAGUCAAGGCGAGAAGUCUGCCUUCAGCUUCACUGCCCGUCGUUACAUGCCUCAAGAUUUGGACAGUGCCACGCACCCGCAUGAUCUGAAGCCGCUCGACAUGACCGUCUUGCAUUUGGAUUAUGCUAAUAACGGUCUUGGCUCUGCUACUGUCGGACCCACCGCGUUUGAGCCGUACAAGUGUUAUGCUGAGCCGUUUGAUUUCACUUUUGACUUUAGCAUUGUCUAA